AUGUCCACUGUGCGGCUGUGUGCUCCACUUCACAGACUGGCAUGCAGGUUGCCGCGGGUAUCGCCACUGUCGAGAGGCUGGAGUUGGAACUCCACUCCGUCAUCUCCAUCACUGUCGUUCCUGCAGGACUCCCAACAAGUUCGCAGCAUCGCGUCCAUCAUUCAAAGGCCGGAACCUCUUUGGAAUGGCCUGGGUGGACUUGGCGGAGCGUCCACGUCGGUGCUGGGUCCAAUGGCUCAGCAGGUCCGCUUUGCAGGCCGAAAACUGGGCUUGAAGCGGAAACGAAAGAAUUCGAGAACGCGUACUGUGCACCAGAAGGGCCUCGGCAAGCGAAUGGAGAUGUACUGGCCGGUCCACGACAUGUUUCGCAUGCGCAUCCCGCUGUAUGAAAACAGCCGGCGGCAUGUCAUCUAUGACCACCGAAUGAAGAAGUGGAUGGUGAUGUGGUACAGAAAUGGUAUGCAGGUCUUCAGAUGGUUUACAGCGAAGGGAAGCAGCUUUGAAUCAGCUCGAACCCGGGCCAUCCUGUUCUACAAGCAGCUGCAACUUGGUGGUAAGCUUGGCACUCCCAAGCCAGAUCAGUGCCGCAGUGGCGUCCGCGGAGUUUUCUUUGACAAGCAGGAGAAGUCCUGGGUGGCCCGCUGGAGCAACUGCGGUAUGAAGACCUAUGCCAUGUUCAACACCGAGGAGAUGGGUUUCCAGGAAGCAUACAAAAGAGCCAUCGAAGUCCGGAUCCAAAACGUACGGCAGAACCAUCAGUUUCUGUUUCAACGGACACGCUGGCGGGGUCAAAGAAGACCUUUAGGAUCUUCGCAGACCUAA